GAGACAGCCUUUAGAUUCCUUAGACUGAUCCACCAAAUGACACAGUUAGUAUCUACAUCAGAUGCAUUAGUUACUCUAGCAGAUCAUAUUCUUGAUUCAAUCGAUGAUUUACAUCAAGUUCAAUACAAGAAAAAGGGAAGGACAUACCGGUUUGUCAACCAUACGUUCCAGAGAGUGCGGCAACAGGAUAAACAUUUGAUCAUUGAUCCCGACAAUCUUGAUGAAGAUAUUGGAUUACUUUCAGCAUUCAGCAUUUUGUAUAAUAUCAACAAUGGAGAGAUUUUGACUCAGUUCCCCGAUUUCUGUUGUACGAUAUUAAGUAUGGCUCGUCAAUUAGAACGGAAUAAAUGGUUUGAAGAUGAAAAUUCGUGUGUUGUUAACAUUCGUUACUCCCUGUACGAUCCACGGGAUUUAAAAGACUUGGCAGAAGAGUAUAUUGAAAUGCAUCCUAUUACGGAAAAUCAUAUUAAAUAUGGAGUGAAUUUAAUGUAUGCCGCCAAAUUGAAUUUCUUACACACUGAUCACCAUAUAGGUACCAAAUUGGAAGGGUUAUAUAUGAGGCAAUUUAUUGAAGAAUAUUACGGAGAACAAGCAUUAAAUUCUUCAGAUGUGUUGAUUGCGUUAAAAAGUUGUGUUCAUUGGGGAAACAUUAAAGGAAUGUUGUAUAAAUUAGGUGUUGCCGAUAUAGAUAUGACACCAGAGCUAAUUGAAAGUUUUGAUAGUUUCCCGGAUGCUGAUGAAAAAUUGAGAUUAAAUGUUUAUCAAAGAUAUCCUAGCGGUACUUCUAAAUACUCGUUAAUUAGGAAAAGUCUUGAUAUUUUAAGCGAAUGGAGAUAUUCAAGACUAGUACCAUUACCUCACGAUUUAGAUUUAAGUUGGAUAUAUCAAUUAUGCCAUGAUAUUGAAACCAAUCCAAUAAGAUAUCAUUUACGUUCUCAUACAAAGAGAUUAUGUAUUGAUCCAGUCAAUUUGGGUGAUUUGAAUACCAAGUAUUCUGCCAAGAUCAAACAGUUAUUAAAUAUUGUAUCGAUCAUCAUUAAUGUUUUCCAAGAAACAGGCGCUGAAUUUUUAUUGCAAAACUCGAAAUUUAAUAAUUUUGGCCCAGAAUUAAUUAAUUCCCAAAAGCAAUAUUAUGAAAAAUUACUUAAAUUAAAAGAUCACAUUGAAGUGUAUGAAGAUAAACAAUGGAACAGUGAUGACAUUGUAAUCAGAUUAGAUUCUGGUGAUUCAAAUAAUUCAUUAUACCAUAGAAUCACUGAAGCCAGGGGAAACUACUAUUAAAAAUUAGUUUAGUUUUCUCCUUAUAUAUAGAACUUCUAGAAGUAUUUUCAGGGUUGCUUCUUUUGCAUAUUACUACAGAAAAAAUCAAACGAUAUCUUCCAUAACAUUUCUUACCGGUGUAACUUAAUUUACUCAUAUCAAAACAAAAAAAAAAAUGACUCAAGAAUUUUGUAUUAAGUACUCUGAUCGUCAAAAUGAUCUUUUCUUGACUCUAAGUUGUCGAGUCAAACUAAUUUGGGGCCGUCCAAUUUGGGAC